UUGGGAGGAGGGACGCAACGCUCUCCCAUCCCCCGCCGCCACGACAAGGAGCGAAGCCCAGCGCCCGAGCGAGCGAGGGAGAGAGGGUGUUGACUUCCUCCGCCGACGCAAGGCGGAGCAACGGUCGUCGGAAGAGGCCUCGUAUCAACCGCCAUUGUGAGCCGAACAAGACAAUGAAGUACGUCCUCGUCACCGGUGGGGUCGUCAGCGGCCUCGGCAAAGGCGUCACCGCCAGUAGCAUCGGGCUCCUCCUCAAAGCUUGCGGCCUCCGCGUCACUUCUAUUAAGAUUGAUCCUUACUUGAACACGGAUGCCGGGACUAUGUCCCCCUUCGAGCAUGGCGAGGUGUUUGUCUUAGAUGAUGGUGGCGAGGUGGAUUUGGACCUCGGAAAUUACGAAAGAUUUCUCGACAUCACUUUGAAUAGGGAUAAUAACAUCACAACUGGAAAAAUCUAUCAGUCGGUUCUUGACAAGGAGAGGACAGGUGAUUAUCUCGGAAAGACUGUCCAGGUGGUUCCACACAUUACGGAUGCCAUUCAAGAGUGGAUAGAACGUGCAGCCAUGAUACCGGUUGACGGCCAAGAAGGCCCAGCAGAUGUUUGCGUCAUUGAACUUGGUGGAACUAUAGGGGAUAUCGAAUCUAUGCCAUUUAUUGAGGCACUUGGUCAGUUCUCUUACCGAGUAGGAGCUGGUAAUUUCUGCUUGAUUCAUGUCAGCCUUGUUCCUGUACUCAAUGUUGUUGGUGAACAGAAAACAAAGCCUACCCAGCAUAGCGUUCGAGGUCUUAGAGGACUGGGGUUGACCCCAAAUAUUCUAGCUUGUAGAAGUGCAAAGGUGCUUGAUGAGAACGUUAAAGGAAAGCUGUCUCAGUUUUGCCAUGUGCCGGUAGAAAACAUCUUGACUCUAUAUGAUGUCCCAAACAUUUGGCACAUUCCUUUGCUGCUAAGAGACCAAAAGGCACAUGAAGCAAUUCUGAAGGGACUGAACCUAAUGGGCAUUGCAAGGAACCCGGAGUUGGAGGAAUGGACUGCUCGCACAAAAGUUUAUGACCAGUUGUGUGAUACGGUACGAAUCGCUAUGGUAGGAAAGUACACAGGGCUGUCAGAUUCUUAUCUCUCCGUCCUGAAGGCUCUUUUACAUGCUUCUGUCGCCUGCCGAAGGAAACUUAUUGUAGACUGGGUUCCUGCGAGUGACCUGGAGGAUAUUACUUGGAAAGAGUCUCCUGAGGCGUAUAAAGAUGCAUGGAAUUCAUUGAAGGGUGCUGAUGGAGUGCUAGUUCCAGGAGGGUUUGGUGAUAGGGGGGUGCAAGGGAAGAUUCUCGCAGCAAAGUAUGCAAGGGAAAAUAAUGUCCCAUUCUUGGGCAUUUGCUUGGGGAUGCAAAUUGCUGUUAUAGAGUUUGCAAGAUCUGUGUUGGGCUUGGAUGACGCAAGCAGCACGGAAUUUGAUCCUGAGACGAAGAAUCCUUGCGUCAUAUUUAUGCCAGAGGUUUCAAAGACUCACAUGGGGGGAACGAUGCGUUUAGGAACAAGGAGGACUUAUUUCAGGAACACUGACUGCAAAUCUGCAAAGUUGUAUGGCAAUGCGAGGUUUGUUGAUGAGCGACAUCGGCACAGAUAUGAGGUAAAUCCAGAGGUAGUACCACAACUGGAAAAGGCCGGCCUGCGAUUUGUUGGCAGGGAUGAAAGUGGGCAGCGCAUGGAAAUUGUGGAACUGCCUGAUCAUCCGUACUUCAUAGGUGUUCAGUUCCACCCAGAGUUUAAGUCGAGGCCAGGAAAACCUUCUGGUCUCUUUUUAGGACUUAUAGCAGCUUCAUGUGGGCAGUGGGACGGAGCCUUAUGCCAUGGAAGCAAGGCAAUCACUAAUGGCAUGAGUAAUGGAUCCUCAGUCAUGAAAAGUUACAUGAAUGGAAAUGCAUCCAGGUUUUUAAAUGGCUCAUGCAAAGCCGUACCUAUGAAUGGUAAUGGCGUUCACUGUUGAUGCAUUCUGUGGCAGUCUCACUAAGGAAGUAUGGUUCUCUAAGAUUAUCAUAGCUUAAUCGCCAGUUUUAGAGGGAUUUGAGUCCGUUUGUAAAGCAAACAAGCAUAAAUACCACCAUCUUGUAUGGUUGAGUGAAGAGAAGGCGGCAAAGUCAUAAAUUGCCUCUUCAUUUGAUGCACUGGAUUGCUGGAGAACUCCAGCUUGGAAUGUGCGUAAGCUGAGGGUUCUUGCAUAAUUAAAUGGGAAUUGGGGCUGGUGACUGCUCAGCAUUUUGCUGCCUGUCUGGAUACAGCACAUGCGAUCAUCAAGGGAUUGCACCUGACUUGAAAGGAAAAGUUUUGUUGGCUGAUGAUGAGGGUUAAUGAAGUUCACAUAAUACUGAAGCUUCUGACUACACGGAAAAAUGAAAUGUUUGGUAAUUUAGGCUAUGUUCAAGGGAUUUAAUCCCUCCUUUUGGAAAACCUCGAGACUACUUGAUUCGUUAAUGUUCUUUUUUCUUGGUUCCUAACUCGAGAGCUGUAAGUUUUCAUGGAAAUGUUCCUGAACGAUCUA